AUUGUCGGAUAUCUGACUGCUUAGACAAAGCUCUUUUCGUCAGGCAACAUGAUACUCAGGAGAAGUCUCUUCUUGCUGCUCUUAUCAAUUAACUUCCUCCAUGCAUUGCCUGAAGAUGGUGAGCAGGAGGACGAGACAUCCUUCGACUUGUUUGAAAUUAGCCAGAUCUCGCGCAAAACUCUGGGGGCCAAACAGUUCCGGGGCCAGAACUCAGACUUGCCUGCCUACCGCUUCAUCCGCUUCGACCACAUCCCCCCAGUGAGCACCCCCAUAUUAAAACAAAUACUACAACAGAUCCAAAACAACGAGGGCUUUGUCUUCGUGGCCAGCAUACGCCAGGACCGGGCCUCGAGGGGCACCCUCAUGGCUUUGGAGGGCCCUGAUGGCCGGCGCCAGUUCGAGGUCGUGUCCAACGGACGGGCCAACACUCUGGACCUGGUGUACUGGGUGGACGGCUCGCAGAACGUGGUGUCGUUCGAGGACGUGGACCUGUCCGACUCGCAGUGGAAGAAUAUCACGCUUCACGUUCACGGGGAAAACGCCAACCUGUACGUGGGCUGCAGCCUGAUAGACAGCUUCAUCCUGGAUGAGCCGUUCUACGAGCACCUGCGGGCUGAGGGAAGCCGCAUGUAUGUUGCCAAGGGAUCCACCCGAGAGAACCACUUCAGGGGCCUUUUGCAGAACGUGCGUUUCGUCUUUGACACCCCAGUGGAAGACGUCCUCCUGACCAGAGACUGCGAAGCCACUAAGCAAGGUGAGAAUGAUGCUAACAUUGUGAGCGAGAGCGCAGAAAUUGUGGACGUGAGCCCUUCCAUCACAACAAACAUAAUAGGUCAGAAGACGGACGAGAUGGGCGCAGAUAUGUGCGAACGCUCUUGCGAGGAACUCAGCACCAUGUUCCAGGAGCUCAAAGGCCUCCGUCAUGUCGUCAGUAACCUUAUUGAUGGCCUGCAAAAAGUGACAGAGGAGAACACACUCAUGAAGGAGGCCCUUGGCAGGAUUAAGAACCCUAAAGAGAAAAACAUGUGCUGGCAGGACGGCCGCCUGUUUGACGAUAAAGAAGAUUGGGUUGUGGACAGCUGCACCAAAUGUACUUGCCAGGAGUCCAAGAUCGUGUGUCACCAGAUAACCUGCCCCCCAGUGGCCUGUGCCACCCCCUCGUUUAUCGACGAGGAGUGCUGCCCCGUGUGUCUGCCUAAAUACAGUGAGGAUGGAUGGUCCCCCUGGUCAGAGUGGACCGAGUGCACGGUCACCUGCGGGACAGGAACUCAGCAGAGGGGGCGGUCAUGUGAUGCAACCAGCAACCCCUGCACUGGACCUUCCAUCCAGACCCGCAAGUGCAGCCUGAGCAGAUGUGACAGCCGUGUUCGCCAGGACGGAGGGUGGAGUCUGUGGUCACCAUGGUCGUCCUGCUCGGUGACCUGCGGAGAGGGACAGAUCACCAGGAUACGACACUGCAACGCCCCCAUGCCGCAGCUAGGGGGCAAAGACUGCGAAGGAAGUGGACGUGAGACCCAGCGCUGCACCGCCGAGCCGUGUCCCGUGGACGGUGGAUGGGGUCCUUGGUCUCCAUGGGCAACCUGUUCAGCAACAUGUGGAGGUGGGGUCAGAAGUCGGACACGUGAGUGCAACAGCCCUCAGCCUCAGUACGGUGGCAAGAAGUGUAUCGGGGAGGUGGACGACAGUGACAGCUGUAUCAAAAGGGAAUGUCCUAUUGAUGGCUGUCUGUCUAACCCAUGCUUUGGGGGAGUGGACUGCAACAGCUCUCCAGAUGGAUCCUGGGAUUGUGGCCCGUGCCCUGUUGGUUUGCGUGGAAAUGGCACCCACUGUGAAGACAUUAACGAGUGUGACAUGGUGCCCGAUGUUUGCUUCAAGGUGAGCGGAUCGCGACGCUGCAUCAACACCGACCCAGGUUUCCACUGCCUUCCCUGUCCAAAGCGAUACAAGGGCAACCAGCCCUUCGGUAUGGGCGUGGAGUCUGCCAACAAGAACAAACAGGUGUGUGAGCCAGAGAACCCAUGCAAGGACAAGACCCACAACUGUCACAGAUUUGCCGAGUGCAUCUACAUCAGCCACUUCAACGACCCAAUGUACAAGUGUGAAUGUCGGACCGGUUACGCUGGAGAUGGCUUCAUUUGUGGGGAAGACUCGGAUUUGGACGGCUGGCCCAAUCAGAACCUUGUGUGUGGGGCCAACGCCACAUAUCACUGCAAGAAGGACAACUGCCCCAGCCUUCCCAACUCCGGACAAGAAGACUUUGACAAAGAUGGUCAAGGAGAUGCUUGUGACAAGGAUGAUGACAACGAUGGAAUAAUUGAUGAGAGGGACAACUGCGCCCUGCUUUUCAAUCCUCGCCAGUUUGACUUUGACAAGGAUGAAGUUGGUGACCGAUGCGACAACUGUCCCUAUGAACACAACCCUGCUCAAAUAGACACAGACCACAAUGGAGAAGGGGAUGCCUGUGCAGUGGACAUUGAUGGAGAUGAAAUUCUGAAUGAGAACGACAACUGCCCCUAUGUGUACAACGUUGAACAGAAGGACACUGACAUGGAUGGAGUUGGUGACCAGUGUGACAACUGUCCAAUGCUGCACAACCCCGACCAGACUGAUGUGGACAGUGACCUGGUUGGAGAUCAGUGUGACAACAACCAGGACAUCGAUGAAGAUGGUCAUCAGAACAACCUGGACAACUGUCCCUACGUGGCCAACGCCAACCAGGCCGACCAUGACAAAGACGGAAAAGGAGACGCGUGCGACUAUGACGAUGAUAAUGACGAUAUCCCUGACGACAAGGACAACUGCAGACUAACACCGAACACAGACCAGCUGGACUCUGACGGCGAUGGAAGAGGGGACGCAUGCAAAGAUGACUUUGAUAACGACAGCAUCCCAGAUUUUCUUGACGCGUGUCCAGAGAACAAUGCCAUCACUGCCACAGACUUCAGGAAGUUCCAGAUGGUCCACCUGGAUCCUAAGGGAACCACUCAGAUAGAUCCCAACUGGGUGGUGAGACACCAGGGCAAAGAGCUGGUCCAGACGGCCAACUCUGACCCAGGCAUUGCAGUAGGUUUUGAUGAGUUCAACGCUGUGGACUUCAGUGGAACCAUGUACGUGAACACAGACAGAGAUGAUGACUACGCAGGUUUUGUGUUUGGCUACCAGUCGAGUGGGCGCUUUUACGUGGUCAUGUGGAAGCAGAUCACACAGACUUACUGGGAGGACAAGCCUUCUAAGGCCUUUGGCAUCUCUGGUGUUUCACUCAAAGUUGUCAACUCGACCACUGGCACAGGAGAAAACCUCAGGAAUGCUCUGUGGCACACGGGCAACACUGCCGGACAGGUGCGUACUCUGUGGCACGACCCCAAAAACAUUGGCUGGAAGGAUUACACAGCCUACAGGUGGCAUCUGAUCCACAGACCAAAGACUGGGUUUAUAAGGGUCGUGGUCUACGAAGGUAAACAGAUCAUGGCUGACUCAGGACCAGUUUAUGACAAGACGUUCGCCGGGGGAAGGUUAGGCUUGUUUGUGUUCUCGCAGGAGCUGGUGUUCUUCUCCGACCUCAAGUAUGAGUGCAGAGAUAAGCCGGAGUUGCAGACAGUGUUCAUAAGAUAACUGAACAAAGCCAAGAACAAAACAACAAAAGACGAACAGAAGAAGGUUAAAAGAGGAGAAUCUCCCAAAGCAAACUUGACACACGCCAUCGCCAAAUCCAUCUCAACAUAAAUGAAACUUUCCGUGCGUUUCCAUGUGCCUUGAUCCAUUCGCUGGAGGGGAAACCAUGGCAACGGUUUCUGUUUUCCUGGUGACUUAGAAACUUUUCCCAAGCUGGAAAAGACAAACUUGAGCGGAGAAGUUUUUAAAGGAAAGAGGCUCUGCAGAAUAUCUUAGUAUAACUAUUGUACCGACAUAUGUCUACGUGUUUAAAGGACUAAUUGUACAACCACUUCCAUGCUGUAUGUGCUUUCCAACCAUUUCUUUCUUUUUACAAUAUGUAAGCGCCUCACUUCUUCUAUGCUUCAUACGUUUACAUUCUGACGAGGCUCUUUCGUGGCUUCUGACAAACAUAAACUGUAAACCAAAGCCUAAUCA